GUUCAGUUGACAGCUGAGUGAGACAAGAGACAACUUAGUAGUGUCAAAAAUUGAUAAAUUGUCAAAUCGACGGAAAGAAAAACAUUUGUGCAUUGCGUUUAUCAACAAAUAAAAUAAUUUGAGCGUUGUUGUUAAAAUUGAUAUUGCUCUUUAUCUUAAAUAAUGUACUGUUAUUGCAAUGCAUGUGUGAGAUGAGUGUGUGACAUAUUGCGGGUGUAUAUUAUCCGAUAACUGCGUUAGUUUACAACAGCAAGUUCUUUGUAGUAAUUUAUAUAGAUAAUACAAGGCGAUGGAGAAUCCUGAAUCUGGUGGGAGUUCUUCAACCCGAGUGUCCCCAGCAUCAUGGUGCCACCCGGCUCAUAAGGUGCAUCGUUUUAUAGCGCUUUUGUUGAUGUGCUUCCUUUGUUUUGGUUCCUAUUUUUGUUAUGACACACCUGGAGCUCUAGCAGAUAACUUUAAAGUUGACUCACAUUUGAACACAUCCCAGUUUGCUUUAUUAUACUCAAUAUAUUCAUGGCCCAAUGUCAUACUGUGCUUCAUUGGGGGAUAUUUGAUUGAUAGAUACUUUGGAGUAAGACUGGGGACUAUUAUUUAUAUGACAAUAGUAUUGAUUGGAGCCAUUAUAUUUGCAUUUGGGGUUUACAUCAAUGCAUUCUGGGUGAUGAUUCUUGGUCGUUUCGUUUUUGGUAUUGGAGGAGAAUCUCUACAAGUAGCUGUUAACAAUUAUGUGGUCCUUUGGUUCAAAGGCAAGGAACUCAACAUGGUGUUUGGGCUUCAACUUUCGUUUUCAAGAUUUGGCAGCACUGUUAAUUUUUGGGUCAUGGAGCCUAUUUACAGAUGGGUAGCAAAUUAUUAUGCCGGAUAUGAGAGGCUGGGUGUAGCUUUAUUUAUAGCCGCAUUCACAUGUCUGUUAUCUCUGAUUUGUGGUUUAAUCUUGGGCUGGAUGGAUCAAAGAGCUGAGAAAAUGUUAGGAAGGCAAGAAGAAUCAGCGAAUGAGGAACCCUUCCACCUGAAAGAUAUUCUACAUUUCAAAUCUGUAUUUUGGCUGGUUUCCGUUAUAUGUGUUGUGUAUUAUCUAGCUAUAUUUCCAUUUAUUGCGCUGGGAAAGUUAUUUUUUGAGCGCAAAUUUGAUUUUGUUCCCCAAGACGCGAAUACCGUUAAUUCAAUGGUAUAUUUAUUAUCAGCAGCACUAAGCCCCUUUUUUGGUAUUUUAAUUGACAAAACCGGAAGAAACGUUAUGUGGGUUAUUAUAAGCAUUGUUGCAACUAUAGGGGCACAUUUUCUACUGGCGUUCACUUUUUAUAACCCCUAUAUUGGUGUGAUUGCCUUGGGUAUAUCGUAUUCUCUAUUGGCUAGUGGUUUAUGGCCAUUAGUUGCCUUAAUUGUGCCUGAAAAUCAGCUUGGAACUGCAUAUGGAAUAUGCCAAGCGGUACAAAAUUUGGGCCUAGCGACAGUUCUAAUAUUGGCUGGAAUUAUUGUGGAUAAAUAUGGAUACUUGAUGUUGGAAAUGUUCUUUUUAGGAUGUCUCUUUAUUUCUCUGAUAGCGGCUGUACUUAUAUAUAUUAUGGACUCUGCUAAUAACGGUGUUCUUAAUAUGUCCCCCAAAAUGAGAGACUCAAUUAAAUUACCGAAUAUUACUGACGAAUCUGCGAAUCUAUUGGACAAUGAAGUGAAUGCCGAACGCGAAGAGACUGACGCCAGUCAGCCGACCGAAUCUGAUGACAGUGCCCGACGGGAUGCUGCUCUCACGCAGUCUAAUAGAAUACGCAGCCGAUACUUAGCACAAAUAUUGCCCAACACUAACAUUCCAGAACGACAAUAGACAUAUGUAGCUAUGUAUAUAAUUAAAGUUAUAUUUACUUCAUUAGGUACUGUGACUAAUAACUAAAACAAUAUUGAAAAAGAUGUAAAUGGACGAAAUUAAACAAAAUAUCCAA